CUACUCUCUUUCCAUUAGCAUUGAACCCAGAAAUUUCAUCAACAAACUUCACUCUCUCUCUCUCUCUCUCUCUUUCUGUCUCUCUCUCUAGAAAUGGCAUCAGCCAUUCCACCGCCUGGGCGCUCCGAAGUUCUCUCACUGUUCCGCUCUCUCCUCCGAACAUCCCGCAAAUUCGCCGACUACAACAUCAGGGAGUACUCGAAGCGUCGCACCAUCGACGCCUUUCGCCAGAACAGAGACCUCUCUGACCCUUCAUCGAUCGCCUCCGCUUUCUCCGAUGGGAAGUCUCAGCUCGAGGUCGCCACUAGACAGGCCAUCGUGUACUCCCUAUAUUCUCCCAAGGUCAAGAGCGUCAUGGAGAUUAAGAAUUGAAGAGAAGCCGCGAUUUUGGAUGGUAUUUUUUAGCUUUGAUUCAUGUCAAUUUUCGAACUUUUUUGUUUUGUUGGUUUGUUUUUGAACUGGGUUUGGUGCCCUGUGUUAUAGAACUUGAGAAUUUGUCGUGAAUGUGACGAAAUUUCUGAACUUGUAGCGUAAGAAUUAAGUUGUUUUUUUGAAAUAGCAGAGGAAAUUUGGUAUGAGUUGAAUGAAUUUUGGUUUUGUUAA